AUGUCUGUGGCUCGGCCACCUGCUGAGGACUUUGAACAUGAGCUGAAGAGAGCUAGGAUAGAGAUCCGACCAGCGUUGAGCUUCUCAGACGAUGAUAAGGCUGGAGCCAUACAACCAUAUGAUGAUGCCUUGGUGGUCACCCUCAGGAUAGGGGAGUAUGAUGUGAAAAGGGUACUAGUGGAUCAAGGUAGUGAGGUAGAGAUUAUGUAUCCUGAUUUGUAUAAGGGGCUAAAUUUGAAGUUGGAAGAUUUGACGAGUUAUGAUUCACCUCUGGUGGGCUUUGAUGGAAAGGUUGUUAUUCCAAAGGGUCAGAUUAGACUACCCGUGCAGGCUAGCUCAGAGGUGGUAGCGGUGGAUUUUAUUAUGGUGGAUACUUAUUCUCCAUACACAGCCAUUGUGGCACGGCCUUGGCUCCCUACCCUAGGGGUUGUUUCUUCCACCCUCCAUUUGAAAGUGAAGUAUUCGUCCGGGGACCAGAUCGAGAAGUUGGUUGGAAGCCAGUUCAUGGCUAGCUGGUGUUGGCUCUUGUCUCUUGAGUGGGGGUGGAUGGGGCUAGCCGUGGCAUUGGAUAUUUGGAUUAAGGUAGUGGAGGCAUUAAAAGUUAGUGAAUAA